AUGAAGGCGGCUAUAGCGUCACGUAUCAGAUCAGUAAUGCGAGAGCUCAAUCAGAUUGCUACGAUGCAUGCGGAGUUGCUACAGAACGUGGCCGACGGAAGUAUAAUUUCCGACGUGGUUAAACAAUACGAAGCGGUAAGAAGAAGAAAAGACGAGGUGUCGAGAUCGCUAGCUAGAGAUACAAAUCAGAGACUUAAGGAGGCUGAAUGUGCCGUAGAGUGGACGUUCAAGAAGCUAGUUACGAAAAAAAUGGCGAGGGAUGAUCCUGUGCUUAAAGGAUUGAAGAGUAUUGUUGUGAUUGACGGCGACGGCGAGAUUUGUGGCGUUUGUUUGGAGGAGAUGAAGGAAUUUGACGAAACUAAAGCUAUGGAUUGCAUGCAUAUGUUUCAUCGUUCUUGUAUUGCACAGUGGCUUACGAGGAACAAGAUUACUUGCCCUUUAUGCAGACACCAGCAUAUAUCUUGA